CCGUACUCUACUCUGUGCCCGGCCUGCUACUCGCUACUCGCUUCCUCGUCCGUACGCUUCCCUCAGCGCCAUGAUCAUACGUAGAGUCAGGGGGCUGUUCCCACUAGCAGAGCCGGCAAAGGCGCUUCGUAGAAGCUUCCAUGCAAGCCCUCGAGCUGCCGCUUCUGCACCCCCUCCAGAGUCACCGGGCAAGGCACGCAGCAGAAGUGACAGAGACGAUGACGGUCAAGAUGGCGGAGCGACAGGGAGGUUGAGAGGCAUCUUGAACUCGACUGCUGCCGAGGCAGCUCUGGGAGCUUCUGCCGGUGUCAUUCUGCUCGGUCUAGCGGGCAUGUACUACCACUCCUGGUACAAGAAGCAAAUCCUCGUCAAGAUGGAAAAGGCCUUCGACCCAGGCUAUGACCCCGUCUUGGCACUUGCCCAAUCCAGUGCAGGGGCUCAACAGGGUCAGCUAGCAUACGUACACGUAGAAGAUCGAGUCGAGGAUCUGCUUCUACGCAAGAUCUUGCGAGGCGAAGAGAGGGGGAGAUACUUUUUGGUACUGGGACCGAAAGGAUCGGGCAAGACCACUUCCCUCAUACAGGCCAUGCAGUCGAUUCAAGCAGAUGGAGUCGCCUUCUUCGAAGCUCACCCGGACCCAUCCAUCGUCGUGGACCGCUUCUCCGAGUCGAUCAACUAUGCAAUGUACAGAGACUUUCUGGGCAACCUCGUCGGACUCAACGAUAUGUCCGGCAUGAGCACAUUUCAGAUGCUGGAGCGGGCGCUUCACAAGCUUGAAGCAGCUCUGAUUCGUAGGCGGCAAAGGACAGGAAAGCCAGCAGUGAUUAUUAUGAACUCAGCUCACCUAGUCGGUCACGAAGACGAGGGCAAGAGGCUCCUGACUGUACUACAACAGCGCGCAGAAAAGUGGGCCUCGGCGGGCACUGCCACCUUCAUCUUCACGAGUAACGACUACUUUGUCUACGACUUGCUACGGCGGAACUCGAACCGGAUGGAUACGCUGACCUUCAAAGACCUCUCUCAGAAGCAGAGUCUCGAAGUGCUGCGAUCUUGUCGCGAACAGUACUGGUUGGAAGAUCCCUCUUCUCACAAUGAAGCAGACCUCGAUGCAGUCUACCGGAUCAGCGGCGGCCGCCUCUCACUCCUGAACAAGCUAUCAAGACGCAAGAACAUGCUCCGCGCAGCACACCAGCUAGUGGAAGACGAUAUGCAAUUCCUCCUUUCCAAGACGGGCAUCAUCGAAGAUCAUGACGACGAUGUGAUGGACGAGCAAAAGUGGUCCACGUGUUCAUGGCUACUCUUUGUCGAGCUCGCGAAGCGUCAAAAGGCACUAGAGGAAGAGAUUGCAAGCAGAGCGUCUAGCUUGCCCUCAUCCUCGGUUCCCUCGCUGUCCGCCAUAAAGCCAGAUUCCACUGAAGAUGCAGACGAGGCAGGUCCUCCUCGUGUGACAGAGUCCGCCCUGACAGACCCCACUCAGGAUCUAGAAGCAGAUGUGCCAUUAGCCAACGACGUUCCCAAUCCAAGUCUCACCUGGGGUGAAGUUCGUCAAGUAAUGACCCGUCCAGAUUUUGUUCAACAGCUCGACCACCUAAAUCUUAUCCACAUCGACAAGCACCAUCACAUCCGUGCCGACUCGAUGCCCCUCUUGCGUGCCUUUCAAAAGGUCCUCGAGGAAGAGGAAGACUUUGAAGGCAAGCUUGAACGGGUCAUGGAUCGGGUUAGUGCAAUUGAAUCUUUGCUUAGGACAAAGGAGUUGGUAUGGAAGGAGCAGGGGCCGGCGGGCAAGUCCAUUGUUAGGAAGGACGCAAAGGGGAGGGAAAUGGAGAGCUGGUUCUUCCUUGGUGGUGAUGAGCGAUUGGGAAGGGAGGAGGAGGGUGGGGAAGCAGCGGGGGCGUAGAAGGCGGAGGGGGGAUAGAGGGACAGACUUUUCCAAAAUCAAUACCAGGGCUGUCAGAAGAGCCAGCAGGCGGACAAUUACUCGGCUGUGCCAGUCACGAGAAGACGAU